UGGUAAGCUAGACUACGAUAUAUGACUGUUUGCGAUAUAACUAUAUUUAUUUAGUAAAUUAGAUGCCAAUAAGUUACAUACAUACAAAACCAUCUCAUUCUUUAAAAAAGAUUUUAUCAAAGAAUUGUGAACAGAAACAAUUGUUUCUGGCCUUAAACUACAAAAAGGUGUGUCUUCUUUAUCGAUAAGCAUACUAUGUACCCAGGUUACAAUAAACAUUGCCUAAAUCAAUUCAUGAACUUUAUGAGAAAGUUAAAAAAUUGAAUCCCUUCCAAAGAAGCCUUUAUGGAUUUUCUGCUUUAAAAAUAACAUUUAAAACUUAAAAUAUGAUACCCCUAAGUGAUCUCCCCAGCAUUACAGCAAGUGGGCGCAGCACCCAAGUUUGGUCUAAAUUGUGAAAAUGAGAAUUUUGCACCCACCUGAGAAAAAAUACUUGGGAGAUCACAGCCCCUAUCAUUAAUAAGACAGUAAUUCUCGAAGACUAAAGAGAGGUGUGUGAUUACAAUAUACACAUCGAUAAAUUUGAACUGCUAACUCUUCGAAUGUCCGUCAUUCAAUCAAUGCAAGGCCAGUGUAACAUACAAAAGUUUGCAAUUACGAACUGAUCUAUAAUGUCUUUUAUUGACUAUCAGACAUCAUUACAAUGACGUAUUGUUCAUUUUAUGACAAUGACAAUUGUUGAUUUUACAAAAAAUCCAAAAUAUACCACCAGAUGAGCAAAACGUUACAGAGGAAAAGAUUACAGAGCAAAACAUUACAGAGCAUUCAGCUUUUACGAAUCAAGACAAGAAUGAACUGAAUGCCUUAAUAGAUAAAGUCAGGAAAAUAAUGUGCAACAAAAAAUUCGAUAAAAACAUCAUUCAUUGGACUCAUCAAUAAUUUCAAUUCUGAUUCAAGGAAGGUGGUAGAUGCUAAACAGGACUUGCAUCUCCUGGAACUGGCUUUUAAUGACCUACAAACCAUAUAUCAUUAACAAAAUUAGGAACACUCUAUGCAUUAAUACUGCAUCCGUGAACAUAAUUUGAUUAAAUAACUGAGAUAAUACAACAUAACACGAGACGAACUAUAUAAUAAAAAGCUGGGAAAAAAGAAACACAAGAAACAAAUUGCAGCAUUGACUACUGAUAUGGCCUUAAAUGAAACCGUACCAAUAAAUGACUUUUAUGCAGGCAGAAUCUUGGGGUUCACCAUGAUGUGCCUUAUAUCUCCAUUUGGAACUUUUAUAAAUCUGGUGACAAUCGUUGCCAUAGCGCGCACACCUAAGAUACAAACAAUCCCAAAUGCUUUUGUAUUAUUGCUCAGUAUAAAUGACAUCAUAAACUACGCAGGUAACCUCCCGGUCACUGGAGCUAACGAUUUGACAUAUGGAGGCGUAAUAAAGAUGUGUCCAGCAUAUGCAUAUUUCUCGCUGUUAUUCACCGGUGUCAACCUUAUGUACUAUAGUUUUAUAUCCAUUAACAGAUAUGUGCUGAUCGUACAUGCGUCAAAAUACAGUAUGCUCUUUAAUAGGAAAACAAUGGGGGGUGUAGUAUUCAUAAGCUGGCUCGUCCCCAGUGUUUUACUGUCUUUGCCGCUUUUUCAUAUUUCUGCAAAAUAUGACUUUGUUGAUGACGAGAAGCGAUAUCUCUGUAGCAUGACCUCCUUAGAUGACUCGAGUGAUUCAAACCCUCUAAUGAUGUUCAUAUUAUUUCUGUCAUUUGGAUUUCCCCUUGGAACUAUGUGUUUUUGUUAUUUCAACAUCUUUAGGGUAUUGCGGCGACAGAGGAAAAUCAUUGAGCAACAUACAGCACAGCACAAAGAAACGACCAAACAUGGAGAGCCAACUACGCUGAAGAAACAAAUUCCCGAUGAAAAGAAAAAAUCGAAAAAAGCUGACGUGAAAUUCACGAAAAUAAUGAUGGUAUUGUUUUUUGUGUUUUGUAUAACGUACGGACCGAAUCUUAUUGCAAUGGCCAGUCCGUUAUGGCAUUAUUCAUCCUUCAUAGGAAAGUGUUGUUUAGUGUUAACAUGGACAAAUGGUGUGCUAAAUAGUGUGAUAUUUAUUGUACUGAACAAGCAAGUUCGUGAUGCAGUCUGGCUGUUGUUUCCUUGCUUAAAUAGACACCGAUUAGUGCUUGUUAAACAAGGUGAUGCGACAGACCAAACAGAUGGAACUUCAAUAACAAUGCACUAGAGAGUCGAUCAUGUGAAAACUGAUGAAUCAAACUUAUGUUAAUAAAAUUUACAGUUACAAACCAGAUCUAAGAUUCUUCAAGUUUGCUCAAUGGAAUCAUAGCUUAAGCAUGGGACUAUAAACAAACUUGGAAGACCAAACGGAUGGAACU